GUGCGCGUUCGCAGUCAACAGAAAAAUUGUCGUUCUAAAAACAGGUUAACCCGUCAAUAUUGUUAGAAGUGUUAUACAAAGUCGUAAUCAUUCUCUACUGUUAAAUAUGGCUAAGACCAAAUCAGAGAGGAAGUCUGUAUCCUUUGAACUGCGUGAGGAUCAGGGUAAUGAUUCAGAUAUCAAUGGAGAAGAUGGAUCAGGAAUUAAGAAGGAUGAAGAUACAUUGAAGAAAGAGAAGGAAGAAGACGAAGCUAUUCGGGGAUCUAUACCUAAAUUGAAUAAUUCAUUAUUAACAAUUCCAUAUCAUAAUUUACUUAUAUUAGGUGGAAUGUUUUAUUAUGGAUUAACUGAAAAUGUUAAUGAAGUAUUAUUAAAUGGAUUAUUCAGUUUAAUCCCCAUUCAAAUUGGUUAUAAUUAUAUUCUUUAUAAUAAUAUUAAAAUUAAAAAGAAGAAAAAUGAUAAUACUAAUGUUCCAUUAUUAAUAAUUGGUAGUGUUAUCAUUUCAUUGAUAUUAGCAUUUCCUUUAUUUGUAUUUAUCAUACUAUUUGGAGCUCCAUUAAUUAAUUAUAUAACUCAAACUAUUUUAUUAAGUUUCCAUUUAUCAAUUAUAUUAUUUAAUCCAUUAUUAAUUUAUUUCAAAUUUGACAUUAAUAAUUUAUUGGUGAUUUUUAAGGCCAAUAAGAUCUAUAGAUUAAUUUUCAGUCAUUCUGUAUUAUCUUCAAGUCUCGCUAUUGUGGUAGGUACUUGGUUAGGAGUCGUGCCAAUUCCAUUAGAUUGGGAUAGACCAUGGCAACAAUGGCCCAUUACUUUAUUAGCAGGAGGCUAUAUUGGGUCAGUUGUUGGUGGUAUAAUAAGUUUAGUUCUUUCAUAAUUCAUAAGAUUAUGUAAAUACAGUAUUUAGAUAUAAAAAAGUAAACGAAAUUGAGUCUAGAACCCAUUUACACACUUAGUAACCAAGAGUG